AUGCGCAAGCUGCUCCGCAAGCAGGGUAUCCAGGUUCCCUUCCGGCCCCAGCGCACUCGGAAUCCAGCCUUGCCUCCCAAGGAGGUCCGGACCCGUAAGGAUCCCAGCAAGCACUAUGCAAACAAGGCACAGAAGGCCGCUGCUGCUGCCACGACUAAUCUACAUGUCGACGCUGUCAACGAUGAUGCUGCUGACGAUGCCGCCAGUGAUGUUGCCGGGGGAAGCUCUCCGAGGUACGAACUUGCACCCUCGUCUGAAAUCCCCGAUGUGGCCCAGUCAACUGCUACUUCCGCUGUCCCAACCUCGUUUGUCGCUGGAAGCUCUGACGUCGCUGCCUCUCCUACUCCUGGGCCAUUUGUGGCCUCCCCCACUCUGACCACCACUUUUUCCGUGAUUGCUUCGUUUGUGCCCACCCUCAGCUCGAACAUUACCUACGCUUCGGCUGCCACUGAUGCCCUGCUGGCUCCUGCUUUGUCCGUCCCUGAGGUUGAGGAGUCUUACAUCUCGGAGUUCCUGGACUACGCGUGGGAAUCUCAGGUACAGGGCUGGAACCGGGAGUUUGCUAAAAAGAUGAGAGAGAAGGAAGAGCCUGCCCAGGAGUCUUUUGAGUGGGAAAUUGUUGGUCCUGGGUCUCCUCGACCCAUCGGACAGCCCUGUCAAAGACAUCCGCGAGAACCUUGA